AUGCCACGCUCCUCCUUCUUGGUGGACUCCUUGGUGCGCCCGGGGGAGAAGAAGGGGGCCCCUGGCAGCCCCCCUCAUCAUCAUCACCCUCCUCCGCCGCCGCUCUUCCCCUUCGCCGUCCACCCCUCGCACCCGCUCCAUGGCCUCUCGGCAGGGGCUUGUCCCGGGGCCGGGCGCAAGGCCGGCUUGCUCUGCCUCUGCCCGCUCUGCCUGGCCGCCGCCUCCUCGCCGCUCCAGCCUCCUCCUCCGCCGCCUCCUCCGCUGCUCAAGGCCGCCGCCGCCGCCGCCGCCUUCCCGCCCUUCGCCUCCCAGUUCUGCCCUUCGGUCCCCCGGCAGAGCCACGCAGGCAGCCCCGCCGCAGCCCCCGCGCCGCCCGGCCUCUUCCCGGCCUCCGCCUACCCCCUGCAGCCCGACCCCCGGCACUUCCACUGCCUCGCCCUCGAGAGCCCUUCAGGCCAGCUGCCCAGCAGCAAGCGGAUGCGGACGGCCUUCACCAGCACGCAGCUCUUGGAGCUGGAGCGGGAGUUCGCCUCCAACAUGUACCUGUCGCGGCUGAGGCGCAUCGAGAUCGCCACCUACCUGAACCUCUCCGAGAAGCAGGUCAAGAUCUGGUUCCAGAACCGGCGCGUCAAGCACAAGAAGGAAGGCAAGGGGGGCGGAGGGGGCGGCGCUCACCGGGGGGGCCUCGGCCUGGGGGCCUCGGGGGCCCACAGCUGCAAAUGCGCCUCCUUCGUCGCCUCCGCCGCCGUUGUUGCUGCUGCUUCUUCCAAAUGCUCCGAAGAGGAUGAGGACUCCCCCGCCUCGCCUUCUUCCUCCGGCAAAGAGGAGAGAGACUUGGCCCUCACCCCCUAAAAGGGGGAACCCUCUACCUUCCCCUGUAAAUGAUGGACAAGAGACUCUAAGCUUGGCCGCUCCUCGAAUCCUGGACUCUGGCUGCAUCCGCACUGCGGAAAUGAUCCAUUUCGGCACCGCUUUGGCUGCCCUGGCUCCAUGCUGUGGAAUUCUGGGCCUCGCAGUUCGCUGUGCCACAGAAAUCCAUAGCAUGGAACCCUGGCAGAACUACGGCUCUCAGAAUUGUACAAAUCUCUAGUGCCACGAUGAAGUACAGUUCCCAGAAUUCCACAGCAAUCACAGUGAUGCCAGAACGAAUUACAGUCUCCAGCAUUGUACAGUUCUCUGGUGCCAGGAGUCCACAGCAUGGAGUCCACACCACGGAAGUGGAACCUCUGGUGCCACAGCGAACUGCAAUUCCCAGAAUUCCAUAGCAGGGAGCCACGGCAAUCAAAGCGGUGCCAAAACGGAUCAUUUCUGCAGUGCGGAUGCAGCCUCUUUGUAAAUAAACCUCCAUCCCAAACGUUCCAAAACUGUCAGGGUGAAAGAGUAUAAAAUGUUACCCUCCCCACAAGAACUAGCUCAUCUCCCCUCACUCUGCGACGGAGUGGGUUGACAUGAACUCCUCUUGGGGAGGAAGGCACCCUGGAUCCUCUUUGUUAGCGUCUGGGGAUACAUUUUGCUUGGCUGCCUUCAGACUUUCCCUUCAUCCAACGUCCUUCCCGGGAGGAAAAUGUAGGUCCUGCCAUCCACCAGCUUUUUGAUGGAUGGGGAAGGUCAACGUAAAAAUGUGGCUUCGACAGCAACUUGAUUUAACUGUUUCAAUUCCCCCCACCUUUUUUAAUAUAUCUAUAUAAAAAAUUCAGUAUUGGCUGAUUCAACUUCUUCGGCUGUAUAGUUGGAUGUGACUC